AUGGGCGGAGAUGCGGGCAACUUCGUGGGCAGAGCACAGCUGAAACGUGAUGAUGGUGAGGAUGAGACAACAUACCACUUGUGCAUCGAGAAUGGAUUGCCCUACUUGGCCUGGAGUGACUUUGUGGAGAUUCGGAAGCAGUUGUCCCAAGCACAUAAGGUCCGAAAGCGCAGCAUGUGUGCCCAUGUUGAGUCCCCAGCAGAGCCGCGAUAUGUGACAUUGGAGGACUUCGUCGCAUGCGAAGCUGAACACCGUGCUCAGGAGGAGCCAGUGGGACACAUUGGCGAAAAAGUUGCUGAGCAGAUCUUGUGUAAGGACCACAUAUCAUAUGAUGAUGUGCUAGAGGCAAUCUUGAAGUCGAAUUUUGCACCGCAGAGAAAGCGUAGGUCCUGCAUUGACACCUCCGACGACAAGGUUGAGUGUUGGGUUUUCGGGGCUUUCAAUAUGGGAUCACAGGUGGGAGUCACUAAAAGGACCGAUGAAAGGCCUCUCUUGACAAGAUUGGUGAACCGUUUUAUGCAACAAGAAAACCCCGGUAUGUCGUGGUCCUCGUUUACCAUUUCAAAAGACAUCACCUUUGCGCCGCAUCGAGAUCUUGGAAACGAGAACGAUACCCAGAACAUCCUUGUAGUCUUGAACCAUCAGAGGUCAUGUCGGGGAGGGGAGUUGUGGGUGGAGAAUCCAAACGGUGAUGAAAUCCGCGAGGUGGGUAAGCAUAAAAGCCUGAAAGGUAUGUUGCACCCCACACAGCGAACACCCGUGGUCUUCUCCCCCAAGCUGUGGCACGGUACAGCUCCGUGGAAGGGCAUGCGAGUUGCUGUUACCUUGUUCACAAGUAAAGACAUCAAGAACUUGGAAUCUUCUGAAAGGCAUCCAAAGCCCGAAAAUGGGGACAGAGCUGUGAAUUGGCAGAAGUACCACUUGCUAUCUUAUGAGGAGGAGCAGCUGGGAAAUGAGAUCGAAGCUCGACUUUUGGAGGCUAGCACGGCGCCGGCCCAGGCUGAGACUGUCGACUUGAAGGGAUUUUACACCGGUGACCGCCAAGAAAACUGGAAGGCAUCGCUGGUAAAGGAGUAUGGCAAGAUGAACGGGGUGCUCGAGGAGACGCUCCGAACUCAGCUCAGGGAGAAGUUGGGGAUUGAUGAAUCAAAGCCAUUGCCCCGAGAGUCCGAGAGAUACCGUCGAAGAUCGCUCUGUGCAUGUGGCAACUUCGAAGCGGGGGUUGACAACAACGGUGAGCCGUGGUCAUCUUCAAACAUUCCACCUGAAAUUGUGCGCACUUUCGUGUCUCUUGCUGCAUCCAACGAUGCUUGGACGUUGGGCGGUCUUGACGUAGAGGCAGCCUUUUUAAACGCCGACAUAUCGUCCGGGGACCCUGUGAUUCUUACCCCGCCGAAAGUUAUGCGGGAUCUGAACAUGAUUCCGCCUAAUACGGUGUGGAUCGCGCGAAAGAAUAUCUACGGAUUACGUCGGGGACCGACGGAAUGGCAGAAGGAAAGGGACACGAAGCUGAAUCAUGCAGUUAUCGAACCGACAUCGUCCGAUGGACUUUCAGCAUUGACCUUGGUUCCACUCAAUCUGGCUGCAGGCUUGUGGAAGGUGGUGGAUUCGCGUGGAGCGGUAGUGGGUGCAUGCUGUUGCUACGUUGAUGAUGGUCUGGUUCUUGGAUCCGUGGAAGUUAUCCGACGCGUGACUGCGUACAUCCAAGGGCUUUGGGCAAUCAAGGGUCAGGGAAUUCUUGAUAAGCCCAGUGUGAACCUCACCGAGGAUGUAAAAAUGUUCAGUGCAUGCGAAACAGGCUUGCAGAUUGGACAGGCCAAAUAUGUGGCCCAGGAACUCCGAGCACGGGGCUGGCUAGCAUUAAAGGGGUCUGAGUCACUCCCGGUACCUUCCGAAGGACUUGCGGGAUCAGAACUUCGUGAUAACAAUCUCGAGCGCAACAUGAAGUUGGCUCAGAAAGAGGCCGGAACAUUGAUGUGGAUUGCAUUGAGGUCUCGUCCUGACAUUGCUGCGUGCCUUGGAAUCGCUUCAACGCUGAUAACUGUACGGCCUACGGAGAGCCUUCGGCUGUGCAAGGGAAUUUGGCGAUACCUUCGGCCAGACAAUCCAGAGGCCAGUGGCGACGAUCAAUGGGUGUUCCGGAUUGUGUCGGACGCUUCUCUGGCUCCAGGCGGGGCUCGCUCGAGGAGUGGUGUGGCACUAUUUCUGGGAAGUCAUCUUCUUUAUUGGAAGUCACAAAGACAAGCUUUAGUGGCAUGGUCGGCUACAGAAAGUGAACUCGAGGCGAUGGCAAUCGCUUUCCAAGAUGGGCUGAAGCUUCACGCGGUCAUAGCUGAACUGCUGAACAAUGCGCCGCGCAUUUAUGCUUUCGGUGACAACUCAGGUGCCCUGCAGCUGCUGACUAAGGAACGUUUUCAUGAACAGACGAUGCGAACCCGGCAUUUCGCAAUCCGUUGUGCCUACAUUCGGGAUCUAGCAUGGACUCAUGAUAUACAAAUCUGUCACAGGGGCACAAACGACUUGGAAGCCGAUGGGCUCACAAAGGUCUUGGGCAAGGCUAAGCUAGCCACCGCUCGAAGGCAGCUGACCUUGAGAUGA